CGGAAGCGGCCGAGUUGCGGCGCCGGCUCCAUGUGGCGCAGGCUGCGCUCCGCCCUCCAGAGGCUCCGCCGCUCCCCCGCCACUUGCCUCGCCGGGGGCGGCUGUGCGCCGGCCGCCAUGGAGCGGGCUGUGGUGCGCUGUGUGCCGUCCGAGCCUAAGCUGAGCCUGCAGUUCGUGCUCCCCGACGGCAGCGCCAAGCACAUGCAGCGGGACCAAGCGGAGCCGUUGGGCCGGGCUCUGGCCCGCAUCGCCAACAACGCCGCCAAGGGCCACGCCAAGGCGGCGAAGAAAACCAAGAAGGCGCGGGCGGAGGACAGCGCGGCGGGGGAGGCUGCGGCGGUGGCGCCGGCCGUGCGGCUCUUCUCCCGCGACGGCGAGGCGGUGGCUGAGGAGGUGUCCAACGCGGCGGCCUGGCAAGACGGCGCCGUGCUGCAGAUCGGGGAGGCGCAGUACCGCGUGGAGCGCAACCCGCCGGCCCUCACCGAGCUGCAGCUCCCGCGUUCGCUGCUGGCCGGUUUCCCCGUCUGCCCCAAGGUUAGUGCCGAGUUCGCCGCGCCGCAGCACUGCCUCUUCCGCUGGUACCGCGAGCAGCGGCCCGCGGACGGCGGGGAGACGGCUACGGGCGGCGACGGCCCCACCUGGGUGGAGGCGGCGGCCACCGAGCGCGUCUUCACGCCCUCGAACGCGCUGGUGGGGCUGCGGCUGAAGCUGCGGUGCACGCCCUGGGACGGUGCGCAGCGGUACGGGCUGCCCCGCGAGGUGGAGAGCAGCGGCCCCGUGGAGGCCGGUCCUGGCGCCUGCACCUUCGAUUCCCGGCACCUCUACACCAAGAAGGUCUGCGGCGAAGGCUCCGUUCGCGCCGUUUCCUACAACAUCCUGGCUGACACCUACGCCCAGACGGAGUUCUCCCGCACCGUGCUCUACCCUUAUUGCGCUCCUUAUGCCCUGGAGCUUGAUUACCGGCAGAACCUUCUCAAGAAGGAGCUGGUAGGCUACAGCGCCGACCUCAUCUGCUUGCAGGAAGUGGAUAAGUCCGUCUUCGUGGACAGCUUGGCUCCAGCCCUAGAUGCUUUUGGACUCCAAGGGCUCUUCAAGAUAAAGGAGAAGCAGCACGAAGGCCUGGCCACUUUCUACCGCCAAGACAAGUUCAGUCUCCUUAGCCAGCACGACAUAGCUUUCAACGAAGUCCUGCUCUCUGACCCACUGCACAAAGAGUUGUGUGAUAAGCUGGCCAAGUACCCCUUGGUGCAAGAGAAGGUGCUGCAGAGGUCAUCUGUGCUGCAGGUUUCAGUUCUUCAGUCUACAACUGAUCCCUCCAGGAAGAUUUGUGUAGCUAAUACCCACCUAUACUGGCACCCAAAAGGUGGUAACAUCCGUCUCAUCCAAAUCGCCGUAGCCCUGUCUCACAUCAAGCACGUUGCAUGUGACUUGUAUCCUACUAUACCAAUCAUAUUCUGUGGAGAUUUUAACAGUACACCAUCAUCUGGAACUUACACUUUUAUUAACAGCGGUAACAUUGCUGAAGAUCAUGAAGACUGGGUCUCAAAUGGUGAAGAAGAAAGGUGCAACAUGCCUCUAAGCCAUCCUUUCAAACUGCAAAGUGCUUGUGGAGAACCUGCUUACACAAACUAUGUUGGUGGGUUUCACGGGUGUCUGGACUACAUUUUCAUUGACAAAAAUUCUCUGGAAGUUGAACAGGUCAUUCCGUUGCCAACUCAUGAAGAAGUAACAACACAUCAGGCUUUGCCAAGUGUUUCACAUCCUUCUGAUCAUAUAGCACUAAUAUGUGACUUAAAGUGGAAAUAGAUCCCCUCUCAAGUGGUGCUUUUGGGUGUUCUUAAAAAAGAUUUAAUGUACUGCUGGGGAACCGAGGUUACCCCUGGUUUAUGUUCUCCUCAUGGAAAGUCAGAACAAUGACUGAAAAGUUCAUGUGUUUAAUGGUUCUGCUGAGUAUACUCAGCAUACUGAGUAUACAAGAGUAUACUGUCUGGAGUACUUGCAUGACAACUUAUCCCUCACCUUUUUGUAUGCUAACAGGAAUAUUUUUAAGACAGGAGGUUUUGAAAAUUGGAUAAUCAUACACCUUUUUAUUGGUGGUUUUAAAGGAUUGGGAAUUAUUUUGGUAAAGACAACAUGAAUUUAAUCAGAUCUACAAGACUGUGUGAACUGAUCCCUACUUAAUUUACAGAACCCAAAGCAAAACCUGAAAACAAAUGUAUAGAGUUGAUUCAACCUCAUUGUAAUUACUGUCAUAAGAACACAAUUUUUUAAAACCAAGUUCAGAAGUUGUUUUGUUCACUUACCCUUGGGACCAUAACUGUCCCCCAGUUUUUUACUAAGGGGCAUGAACAAUUUGCUUGCACCUACUACCUUCUGAAAAUACUGAGUAGGGAAUGGACUUUCUGUCAGCAAUCCACCAUGUUACAUUCAAGGUUAUAAUUGAUUUGGAAGCAUUUUGCUUGCCCAUUUAAAAUGGGUAAUGCAGCUAAUUUGAGUAGCUGGUAAAACUGGACUAUAUAUAUGGGUAGUAUCUGCUUUGAACAUCUGUUCCUUGUGUUGUUUAGUAUUUAUUUUGUGGCCACUGGCUAUGAAGUUAGGACAGUCACCUUGGUCCAGGAGGGAGAUUUUUAACAACAUAAUCUGGUUUCAGGUAGGAGGAGAUACAGAAUAGUUAACAGGGUACAUGAGCUAUCUGUGCCUAUAUCUUUAAAAAGAAAACACAAGUGACUUACAAACCUUUAUCACAACUCUUCUGGUUUCUUCCUCUAUUGCAUACAAAGCCCACCUAGGUUUUUAAUAGUUUUUACUGCAUUUUUUCCUUCUAGAAGUAGAGAAGAUUAUACUAUUUUGUAGGAGAUAAUUUGGAUGUGGGGAAAUGUAUUUUAUCCAUACCUUCAUUGAAAUUGUUGGAGAGGUUUGAAUAAUUUAACAAACUUCUUUCCAUGCAUCAUUAAUCCAAGUGAAGCAAACAUUUGAAAACUAUUUCACUUGUUUCAGCUAAUAAAGUUCCCUUUGCAGUUUGUCACUGUUUCCAAA